AUGGCGGCCACCGAGACAACGACGGCGAGCCCCGUCUCCCAAGUCAACCCCAAGGAUUCCAUCAAAUCGACAUGGCGGUUUGGCGACCGGAGCAAAUGGACAGUCUUCCACUGGGCGGUGGAAUUGCUGGGCGUAUACCACUGGGAUCCCAAGCGCCCGACCCCAGUCCACCAGAAGACAGACAAGGUCCCCUAUGUGCCGCAGUGGACGACACACGCCUGGAUUCUCAUCCAUGCCCUCAUCCCUCUUGCCAUCCACCAAGCCUGGGUGACCGCUACGGGAACCAACCUCUCCCCGCUACUGGCCAUUGGCUACUACACGACGGCGUUCCUGGCCGUUGUCAUCCUCGAGCUCCGCGAAAUCCGACGCCUCGGCCACAUGUACGGCUUCCUGGACGGCGACGUGCACGAUCGAGACGGCAUACCCGACAUUGGAGUGGCCCGGGUUGUCAUGGCUGGCCCCAAGACGGCCGGCGGACGAAUGGCCAUGACCGUCUUCCUCACGUACAAGGCGUCGGAAUCGCCCGCCGACGUCAUGAGCUCCUGGACGUGGUGGGCUUGGCUUGUUGUGCAAACCGGCCUAUAUGGCAUCAUCCUUGACUUCUGGUUCUACUGGUACCACCGUGCCAUGCAUGACGUGAACUUUCUGUGGAAGUUCCAUCGCACUCACCACCUCACCAAGCACCCAAACCCUAGCCUCGCAGCCUAUGCCGACGAGGAGCAGGAGUUCUUUGAUAUGGUCGGCGUUCCCUUUUUAACCUUCCUUACUUUUAAGGCCUUUGGCGUGCCGCUGGACUUUUAUAGUUGGUGGAUCUGCCACCAGUAUAUUGCCUUUACCGAGUUCGGCGGGCAUAGUGGUCUGCGUUUACACAUUGGCGCCUCGUCCACGUUUCACUGGCUGCUGACGUACUUGAACAUGGAGCUUGUCGUCGAGGACCAUGACCUGCAUCACCGAAAGGGUUGGAGAAAGAGCCAGAAUUACGGCAAGCAGACGCGUGUUUGGGACCGUAUUUUUGGCACCUGUGGUGACCGCAUUGAAUCGAAGCAUGCCAAUGUCGAUUAUGAAAAUCCGGCUUAUUUGAAUCUGCUGUAA